AUGGACUGCAAUUGGAUUUGGUCCUGGAAUGUCCAAUUGAACGUGAUCGUGUUUAUGGUUCAAAACGGUCAAAUCACCACUCGAACCGGAAGAACCACUGGAUACGGACCACCAGUUUUCGACAAUCAAAACAACAUCAACGUAUCAAUGGCAAAUCACUCUGGCUCAACUUUGAAUGCUCUCUUUUCUGUUCCAUGGAAUGUUCGGAAUUGUCAAGCUAUGAAUUUCGUACAAAGCGGACCCAUAAACAACGGACAAAUGGGAGUACACACAUCCAGACCGGAUCAAGUCAACAAUGUUUGCGCGUCACAGUGUAGAUGGCAUUAUACUUGA